CGAGCUAGCAGCUCGUCCCACCACGACAGUCGCGACAGCAGCUCGGAGCGCGAGAUCUUCGACUGCCACGACCGACAGGGGGCCAAGCUUGGCCUGGGCUUCCGGGAGGACGGAGCCCUGGAGCUGCGCUCCUCGACCGAGGAGCUGGACUUCCAGGAGGUCUCGGAGAGGAGGAGGUCGAAGGGCAGGGCGCAGUCGCCGUCGGGACAGGAGGAGGGCAACGACCAUUCCAGGAAAGGGUCGCAGUGCUCGGAUAUAGUGUUGCUAUCCAUAUCCGGGAGGACCUCGAGACUAUCGAGCAUAGGCAGUCAGGGUUCCAAUCAAAGCCGCCUGUCCAACGUGAGCCAGCCCUCGGACGUGUCGGGCCAAUCAGGUAUCUCGAGAGCCUCGUCGCCCCACAAGAUGCUCCUGGAGACGUCCUUCUGCGGCACCAAGCCUUCCGGGGGGCCGAAGAGCGAGGGCGAUCGCAACGGGACCAAAGUCGAAGCGGAGGUGAUGGAGAAGGUCCUGCUGGCCAGGAAGCACGACCCCACGCAAGCCAUCCUGGCUGAAGGUAUCAAUGUAGUGAAAACAAAAUCUGAAAAGUCGUCCACUAAACCACCACUCGCCAAGGCAGAUGAGAGCCUCAAGCAAACGAAAUGUGAUGUCACCAUAACGUUAGACAAACCUACCACCGAAAGCAAUAACACAAAAAGACCAAGUAGUAGAAUUGUCGCCGACAGCGGUGUAGAAUACAUUUACAUUCCUCUGAAGGGUCCUCUGCCAGCGGACUUGGACACUUCCAAAAACUCCGUCACAUUUGCCAAGCACCAGAAACUGAGAGAGGUCAAGUCGUUGAACUACAAGUCUAAGACUCCGACACCCAACAGGUCGAAGAAUGUGGAGCCUGAGACAAGGUGUAAAUCAGCCUCAUCUACCCCACCUCCAUCUAUGAGGAAGCAGGAAGACGCGAAAUACAUCAGGAUCAGGCUGAAACCGGAUAGGUGCUAUUCGGAUGAAGCGCCUGACGAGGUACCUAAGCCAAAUUUGGAUCUAGAUCUGGACAAAAUUCAGACCACCACCGAGUUCAUGCGUGAAAUGGAAGAAUCUCGUAACAGCAACGCUGUUUCGAGAGCGGAAAAACGUGUGGAAGCACCAACGAAUAGCGUUUCCAAAGAUACCAAGGUCGAAAGUCCAUCUCCAUCGGUAUCCAGACGGAGUUCCUUUGCAUCCCUGUUCAAGGGAAAGGGUGCAAUGAGCCCGGAGUCUCCAUCCGUAAUGUGCGAUAAAAGAAAAAACACUCUUACAGGUGUAUUGAAAGAAGUCGGCGACAAUCUACGAACUAGAAGUAGAAGUAGAUCAAAGAGUAGAGACAGGGACAGUCACAAAUCCUCGCAAUCACCAGCACCUUCCUCCACAGAAAGCAUCGACAGCAAAUCCAAACACAAGUCAGUGCUCUCCCUAUUCAAAACCUCCAAAAAAGACAGAAUAAAGUAUGAAUCAGACACUAGCUCUCAAGAAAAUGUUCCUAUCGUGGAAGGCACUGGAAAAGUAGAAUAUAAAUGUAACGAACGUAAAACUUUCUAUGAAAAUCCUCUAGAAUCGGCUAGCAUAAGGAUUCCGCUACACUCACCCACAUAUUACGAAAAUCGAACGAUGCACGACUGGAAGACAUCAAGCCAAGACUCCCAGGAAACGGUGAUAGAAGCUCCUACAAAACACGCUGAUGUCAUCGAAUCAGCAGAAAUCGAUAAAACACAGGCUGUGAAACAAAACAGUAGACAAGAUAGCACAACUAGCGAAAAUGUUGUAUUCUCGACGAAACUAGGCAGUAACGAAGUGUUCAGCACCAAACUCCCAAAGAAGCUGUCGAACCAAGAGGAAGAAGAGACCAAGAUCAACGGCAUAGAAGCAAUAAACUCCCAGAUAGAAAAAUUAACAUUGGACCUCAAUAAACCAGAGCACACCAGCGAAGUGAAGACUGAAGUCAGUCCCAACGAUGAAAAGAAACACAGCACCAAUGAAGUCAUCAAGAAGCAAGAUUCGAACGAGUCCACUAGACCACAAGACACUUCGAGAACCAAACAAAACCGCCUGUCUCAGGUCUCUGUGGACCAAAUGAGCAACGGCAAUGCGAUGGCACCUUACCCCGAAGAGGAUCAGAACUCGUCUGGAUCAGAGCGUGAACCCCUGGAGCUGUCCAGAACCAGGAACGAUGUGCACCUGAAGCUGGAGCUGGACGUCCUGGAGCCAGAAAGGAAAGCUAUAGUUUUCCAGCAGGACUCGUUCGAGGACGAGCUGCCGUACAUUCCGACGACCUUGCCGCUGGAGCGAUCUGCGGCGGUGCCGAUUGUUCCGAUAAAGCAACGAUCCGCCUACGAGGUGAAGACGUUUUCCAUCGAACGGCCCAAGUCCACCACGCCUAUGAAUCCGAAUUGUUUGGAGGAGUAUUGCGAGGUCAGAGGACCAAGAAGCUUGGAAGAGGACAGAAAGAGCAUCGACAAGAUCAAGAUAUCCCUACCAAGAAACGACUCAUUCGACAAAACCAAAUCCAGAAAGGGCUCCAACACGACCUGGACGGACUUCGCAGAAAGGGGAAUUUCCCGUUCUACUCACAAUGAAACGCCGCCCCCUUUGCCACCCAAGAGCGCCCAAAAGGCGUGGGUCAACGUGGACAGCAUUCCAGAAAAAAGGAAAGCCCCUAAACGCAUCCAGACAAUCCCGUCGCUUGGGCACAUUGAGGUGCCGGAAAGCGUGCUACAGGACAGCGUCAUCUACAACUACGUGAAUCCUGAGGAAUGUAAAUGCGAGUGUCACGAAGCCAUAGUUAAGGACAAGGACAAAAGGAACAAGGAGCAGUUGCUAGUGCAUGAAGACGAGCUUCCCUUGUUGGCGGAUGGUAACAGGGAAGAAGAUAAGACAGGCCCUGAUUUGAAUAAUCGGAUACGAUUGUUCGAUGUCUCAGUAUCGGAUUGUAAUAGGAGUAUAAUAAGCGAUUCCUCUGUUGAUCUGAGCAUGAGCAAUGAUCUACACGAAGCAGUUGCCACCGAAACAACUCUUCAUACUCCCUUCACGGGUGAUUUUGGCUUGACCAGUAAUAGAUCCAGUAUUGUUUCUCAGGAUGACCAUCACCCACCCGACUCGCCAAAUGCCUUUCCAAAAACCUCUUGAACACCACAUUUCAGUAGGAUACUCGUUGUAAUUUGAUCUUAUCGGAGGUAGUAUAGAUGAUUAUGAUUGUCUACCCUACGUUUUGUUCCCUUUGUCUGAUCCAGCGCCAAGUGGUAGGCCAACCAUAUACAAUAGUAUACCUAGUUAUUUUUCAAAAUAUCCUUUUACCCCAUGACUAAGCAAGAGGAAGGGAAUAGUUAGAUGGCUCAGUAACUAUAGGAGAUAAAAAAUGGAAAGGACGAAGAUUUUUGCUAUCGUUUUUCGUUUUCUAUUAAUUUUAGAUUCAGAGAAAAUUACUUUCACAUUCUCAAGACACUUUUUUCUGUAUAAUCCAGUGGCGUUCAGAUAAUUUGAAAUAAAAAAUGGAAUUGCCAGUUACGGCCUAUGCAUGGGAAUUAUAUAAGUAUUGGCUAUGAUUGGGUCAAACUUUUUUCUCUUUUUAAAUACCGUUGGUAUCAAAAAAUGUCGGGUUGCUUUUCAUGUAUGAAAGUCUUCAUGCAAUAAUAGUUAUUUUUGUAUCUUAAGCGUAAAAUGCUACUUUGGUGAUCAAGAUCCUAUUUUAUUAACGAGGCGUAGCCGAGUUAAAAGAAUAGUCUAGAUGACCAAAGUAUUUCGCGCUCGAGUUGCAAACAAAAUUUUU